AUGACGUCCGGUGACUCCAGUAAGUGGAAUUUGAUGCUGGUCCUGGAUCUUCUGCACCAUGCUGCAGUAAAUAAACGCAGGAAUCAGAUGAGUACUCGGUCCCACCUCAUCACCCUUCCAGGAAACACCGUGGCGUUAUGGGUACACAGUGUGGAGGAACGGGAUGGGCAGGUGUGCAGUGCUCAUGCGCCUAAUAAUGAGAGGUUACCGGAUGCACAGCGGACUCACGUGCAGGACAGCGAGCACCUUCUCACCUUCACCUUCCUCCUGUCCAUCACCAUCCUCACCGUGUGGCUCUUCAAACACCGGAGGGUCACGUUUCUACACGAGAGCGGCCUGGCCAUGAUCUAUGGUAUGUUGGUGGGGGUGGUACUGAGGUUCGGGGUGGGGCAGCAGGAGGACGUCAGUAACGUUACGGCUCUGUGGGUAUCUGAGGAGGCUCCAGGCUUCGUGCUGGUGAACGUCAGUGGGAGAGUGUAUGAAUACACACUGAGAGGAGAACUGAGUGAUGGAGAACAUUCAUCCAACACUGACCUGCUCCAGAAGACGACGUUUAAUCCCGAAGUUUUCUUCAACAUUUUAUUGCCGCCCAUCAUCUUCUACGCUGGAUACAGUCUGAAACGGAGACAUUUCUUCAGGAAUCUGGGUUCCAUCCUGUCAUACGCCUUCAUAGGAACUCUGAUCUCCUCCUUUAUGAUCGGGCUGGUGAUGUUCGGCGGCGUGGUGCUGAUGAGAGCGCUGGGGCAGCUGGAUGGAGAUUUCUUCUUCACUGACUGUUUGUUUUUUGGAGCGAUCAUCUCCGCUACAGAUCCAGUGACGGUUCUGGCGAUCUUUAACGAGCUACAGGUGGACGUGGAUCUUUACGCUCUGCUGUUUGGAGAAAGUGUUCUUAAUGACGCCGUCGCCAUCGUCCUCUCAUCCUCGAUCUCAGCGUACCAGCCGGUGGGGGAGAACAGUCACUCGUUUGAUGGAGGAGCCAUGCUGGCGUCUCUCGGUGUUUUUCUCUGGGUGUUUAGUGGAUCGUUUGUUCUGGGCACAGCCACAGGAAUCCUGACCGCCCUGGUAACUAAGUUCACGCGGUUGAGAGAGUUCCCCCUGUUGGAGACGGCUCUGUUCUUCCUCAUGUCAUGGAGCACCUUCCUAUUGGCUGAGGCCUGCAGCAUCACUGGCGUGGUUGCUGUACUGUUCUGUGGUAUCACUCAGGCUCACUACACCUACAAAAACCUCUCAACUGAGUCUCAGAACAGAACCAAAGAGUUAUUUGAGUUGUUGAACUUCCUGGCUGAGAACUUCAUCUUCUCCUACAUGGGUCUGACUCUGUUCACCUUCGGUCAUCAUGUCUUUAACAUGUUCUUCAUCAGCGCUGCUUUUUUGGCGAUAUUUGUGGGCAGAGCCGCUAAUAUUUAUCCUCUCUCCUUCCUCCUCAAUCUGGGUCGGACCAACCGGAUCGGCUUCAACUUCCAGCACGUCAUGAUGUUCUCAGGGUUACGGGGAGCCAUGGCCUUUGCUUUGUCAAUUCGGGAAACGAGCAACUACGCCAGGAAGAUGAUCUUCUCCACCACGCUCAUCAUCGUCUUCAUCACUGUGUGGGUGUGUGGAGGAGGAACCACGCCCCUCCUCACCUUCAUGAACAUCAGGGUUGGUGUUGAGGAUGAUCAGGAGAACCUGCUCACAGAGGACAGAGGAGGACGAGGACGGGACGCAGCCUGGCCAAUCAGACUGUGGAACAAACUCGAUCAGAAGUAUCUGAAGCCUCUGCUCACACACGUUGAUCCUUCACUGAUACACGCACACACACCACCAACCUGCUGCUGUCCAGUCACACGGUGCUUCACAUCAACCCAGCACUACCAGCGUGGUGCUGGUGACGGUGGUGGUGAUGAUGAUGAUGAUGAAGAGUUGAUCCUGAAUAAUGGAUCCUCAGUGAUCUACAGUCACCUGCGGGAUCACUGUGACCUCACGGACAUCGAUCACCUCUCCGUCUCGUCCAAUCAGGACACUCCAAAAGAAAUGACUCUAUUAGAGGAGCCUAACGAACCUUUGACCCCAUUACUGCCUCCCCCUCCCCUCACCCCACCGAGCGAGCCUCUCCGACAACGACUGUAACUACUCACCCCUAAAUACACCCCCACCCCAAUUAUGCCCUUAAUUACACCCCUAAAUACCCCUUAAUUACACCCCCAAUUACACCCUAAAUUACACUCCUAAUUACACCCCCAAAGAGUGAGCCACUCCAACAAUGACUGUAACUACUGACCCCCAAUUACACCCCAAAUUACACCCUUAAUUACACCCAUAAAUACUCCCCCUAAUUACCCAAAUUAUGCCCUUAAAUACAUCCCAUUUACCCUUUAGUUACCCCCUUAAAUACACCCCCAAUUACACCCUAAAUUAGCCCUUUAUUACACCCCCCACUAUGUUUGCAGGUCUGUGUAUUUUUACUCACACUGAGACUGAAAGCUGUAAAUAAAUUGUGUUGAUGACAGAA